ACGCCACCCGGUUUUCCGGUAAUAACUCAGGGUCCCAGCACACGGGUAAUCGAAGUCGGUCAUACGGCGGUAAUGCAAUGCAAAGCCAUUGGUAAUCCAACGCCCACAAUCUACUGGAUUAAGAAUCAGACAAAGGUCGAUAUGAGCAAUCCACGCUACUCGAUAAAAGAUGGUGGCCUACAAAUCGAAAACAGUCGCGAAGAGGAUCAAGGCAAAUACGAAUGUGUCGCCGAAAAUUCGGUUGGCACCGAACACUCGAAAGCAACGAAUUUAUAUGUGAAAGUACGACGAGUACCGCCUACAUUUUCACGCCCGCCAGAGCCCAUCAACGAAGUGAUGCUGGGUGCAAAUUUGAAUUUAUCUUGCAUUGCAGUGGGCUCACCUAUGCCGCAUGUGAAAUGGAUGAAAGGCGCUCAAGAUUUGACACCCGAAAACGAUAUACCCAUCGGUCGUAAUAUUCUUCAGCUAACAAAUAUACAACAGAGCGCAAAUUUCACCUGCAUUGCUGCUUCGUCUUUGGGGCAAAUUGAAGCGACGGCGAUGGUGAAAGUUCAAUCACUUCCAGCUGCUCCGACAGACGUGCAAAUCUCUGAAGUGACUGCCACUUCAGUGCGUUUGGAGUGGUCUUACAAGGGACCCGAAGAUUUGCAAUACUAUGUGAUACAGUACAAACCGAAAAAUGCGAACCAGGCUUUUAGUGAAAUCAGCGGCAUUAUCACCAUGUUUUAUGUCGUGCGCGCCUUAAGCCCCUAUACCGAAUAUGAAUUCUAUGUGAUAGCGGUGAAUACCAUUGGACGUGGGCCGCCAUCGAAACCCGAGACUUGUACCACUGGUGAGACAAGCGAUUUCACGUUUGGAGGUGCAAAAAUGGAAAGCGCGCCACGCAAUGUACAAGUCCGUCCACUGAGUUCCUCAACAAUGGUUAUAACGUGGGAACCGCCAGAGACACCAAAUGGACAAGUGACCGGCUACAAAGUCUACUACACCACAAAUCCCAAUCAACCGGAAGCAUCUUGGGACUCACAAAUGGUGGACAAUAGCGAAUUGACAACCAUUUCGGAAUUAACGCCGCAUGCCAUUUACACGGUUCGUGUACAGGCGUAUACCUCAAUGGGAGCCGGUCCCAUGUCCACGCCGGUACAAGUGAAGACACAACAAGGUGUCCCUUCACAGCCUAGUAAUUUCCGGGCCACCGAUAUCGGCGAGACCGCAGUCACAUUGCAAUGGUCAAAACCGACACAUUCCAGUGAGAAUAUCGUACACUACGAACUAUACUGGAAUGACACAUAUGCAAAUCAGGAUCAUCACAAGCGCAUUUCGAAUACUGAAUCCUAUACGCUUGAUGGUCUCUAUCCUGAUACCUUGUAUUAUAUAUGGUUGGCGGCGCGUUCACAGCGCGGCGAAGGUGCAACAACACCACCAAUACCCGUCCGUACGAAACAAUAUGUACCAGGUGCACCGCCACGCAAUAUCACUGCCGUCGCCACCAGCCCCACCACAAUAUCCGUCUCCUGGCUGCCACCGCCAGUGGAGCGCGCCAACGGACGCAUCAUCUACUACAAAGUCUUCUUCGUCGAGGUGGGCCGUGCCGAUAGUGACGCCACAAUAACAACGUUGAAUAAAACGCACAUCGUGUUGGACGAGCUCAAGCGUUGGACCGAGUACAAGAUCUGGACGCUGGCCGGCACCUCUGUGGGCGAUGGGCCGCGCUCGCAUCCGAUCAUUGUGCGCACACACGAAGACGUGCCUGGAGAUCCUCAAGAUGUGAAGGCAACUCCGUUAAAUUCAACUUCAAUUCAUGUUACCUGGAAACCACCAUUGGAGAAAGAUCGCAAUGGCAUUAUACGUGGCUAUCACAUACACGUACAAGAAAUGCGUGAUGAGGGCAAGGGCUUCCUAAACGAGCCACUCAAAUUCGACGUUGUCGACACAUUAGAGUACAAUGUGACCGGCCUGCAACCCGACACAAAAUACUCCAUUCAAGUUGCCGCGCUGACGCGCAAAGGUGAUGGUGAUCGCAGCGUGGCGGUAAAUGUGAAAACUCCAGGUGGUGUGCCGAUACGACCCACAGUAAGCCUAAAAAUAAUGGAACGUGAUCCCAUUGUUUCCAUCGAACUCGAAUGGGAACGUCCGGCGCAGACAUAUGGCGAAUUGCGUGGCUAUCGAUUGCGAUGGGGCGUUAAAGAUCAACCAUUGAAAGAGGAAAUACUACCGGGUCCGCAGAUUACCAAACGACGUUUCAAUGACUUGGAGCGUGGUGUGGAAUAUGAAUUCCGUGUUGCAGGUAGCAAUCACAUUGGCAUCGGUCAAGAGACAGUGAAAAUCUUCCAAACCCCCGAGGGCACACCUGGCGGACCACCCGCAAAUAUAACAGUGCGCUUCCAGACGCCGGAUGUGGUGUGUGUCACGUGGGAUCCACCCACGCGUGAGCACCGCAAUGGCAUUAUUACACGUUACGAUGUACAAUUCCACAAAAAAAUCGAUCAUGGUUUGGGUUCAGAACGAAAUAUGACGGUACGCAAGGCGGUGUUCACAAAUCUGGAGGAGAACACUGAGUAUAUCUUUCGCGUGCGCGCUUACACUAAACAAGGUGCCGGACCAUUCAGUGAAAAGAUAUUUGUCGAAACCGAACGUGAUAUGGGACGUGCACCAAUGUCAGUGCAAGCGGUCGCCACCUCAGAGCAAACGGCAGAAAUAUGGUGGGAACCAGUGCCAUCACGUGGAAAGCUGAUGGGAUACAAGAUUUUCUAUACAAUGACGGCGGUGGAAGAUUUGGAUGAAUGGCAAACGAAAACUGUUGGUCUUACGGAGUCAGCGGAUCUGGUAAAUCUCGAAAAGUUUGCGCAAUAUGCAGUGGCGAUAGCGGCGCGUUUCAAGAACGGACUUGGACGCCUGAGUGAGAAAGUUACAGUCAAGAUAAAGCCUGAGGAUGUGCCAUUAAAUUUGCGCGCUCACGAUGUCAGCACACAUUCGAUGACACUCAGUUGGUCACCUCCCAUACGUCUCAAUCCGAUCAAUUACAAAAUCUCGUUCGAUGCGAUGAAAGUGUUCGUGGACUCACAAGGCUUUACGCAAACACAAAUCGUACAGAAACGCGAUAUUAUACUGAAGCACUAUGUGAAAUCGCAUACAAUCAAUGAACUGAGUCCCUUCACCACCUAUAAUGUGAAUGUGAGCGCUAUACCAUCGGACUACUCUUAUCGCCCGCCUACUAAGAUCACUGUUACAACACAAAUGGCGGCGCCUCAGCCAAUGGUGAAGCCCGACUUCUACGGUGUAGUGAAUGGUGAAGAAAUACUGGUCAUUCUGCCACAAGCCUCCGAAGAAUAUGGUCCAAUUUCCCAUUACUACCUUGUUGUGGUGCCCGAGGAUAAGUCAAACUUGCACAAAAACCCCGAUCAGUUUCUAACUGAAGACUUGCUGCCGGGACGCAAUAAGCCUGAACGACCGAACUCGCCCUAUAUCGCCGCCAAGUUUCCACAACGUUCCAUUCCCUUCACUUUCCACCUCGGCUCUGGCGACGAUUAUCAUAAUUUCACCAAUCGCAAGCUUGAGCGUGAUAAGCGUUAUCGCAUUUUUGUGCGCGCCGUUGUCGAUACACCCCAAAAGCAUCUUUAUACAUCCAGUCCCUUUUCUGAGUUCCUGUCUUUGGAUAUGCGUGAAGCGCCACCGGGCGAGCGACCACACCGACCCGACCCGAAUUGGCCCUCCGAACCAGAGGUUUCUGUCAACCGCAACAAGGACGAACAAGGCAUGUGGUGGGUGGCUCUGCCAGUUGUUGCCGCACUCAUUUUCACCAUAUUCAUCACCUGGUGCAUUGUGCGACGUCGUCGUCAACCUUGCAAAACGCCUGAUCAAGCUGCCGUCACACGUCCACUGAUGGCAGCCGACCUUGGCGCCGGCCCCACGCCUAGCGAUCCCGUCGAUAUGCGUCGCUUGAACUUCCAAACACCGGGCAUGAUAUCCCAUCCGCCCAUUCCCAUUUCCGAAUUUGCCAAUCAUAUCGAGCGCCUCAAAGCGAAUGACAAUCAGAAAUUUUCGCAAGAGUAUGAGAGCAUUGAACCGGGACAACAAUUUACAUGGGACAACUCCAAUUAUGACUAUAACAAAUCAAAGAAUAGAUACGCAAAUGUAACUGCCUACGAUCACUCGCGCGUACAAUUGCCAUUGAUAGACGGCAUCAUCGGUUCGGACUACAUCAAUGCCAACUACUGCGAUGGAUAUCGGAAACACAAUGCUUAUGUGGCAACUCAGGGACCGCUACAAGAAACCUUUAGUGAUUUUUGGCGCAUGUGUUGGGAACUAAAAACGACCACUAUCGUCAUGAUGACACGCCUGGAGGAGCGCACACGCAUCAAAUGCGAUCAGUAUUGGCCGGUGCGCGGCACUGAGACCUACGGCCAAAUGUUUGUCACCAUCACAGAGACGCAAGAGCUGGCGACCUAUAGCAUACGCACCUUCCAGAUUUGCCGACAAGGUUUCAAUGAACGCCGCGAGAUCAAACAACUACAAUUCACCGCCUGGCCAGAUCAUGGCGUACCCGAACAUCCAGCACCAUUCCUACAAUUUUUGCGUCGCUGUCGAGCACUCACCCCACCAGACUCCGGUCCAGUCGUAGUGCAUUGCUCGGCUGGUGUUGGACGCACGGGUUGCUACAUUGUUAUUGAUUCGAUGUUGGAGCGCAUGAAGCAUGAGAAAAUUAUUGACAUAUACGGGCAUGUAACUUGUUUGCGUGCUCAACGCAACUACAUGGUGCAGACCGAGGACCAGUACAUUUUUAUACACGAUGCCAUCUUGGAGGCCAUUAUUUGCGGACAAACGGAAGUGCCAGCACGCAACUUACACACCCACCUACAGAAAUUGUUGGUAACCGAACCGGGCGAGAAUAUCACAGGCAUGGAAAUGGAAUUCAAAAAGCUUUCGAAUGUCAAGGUGGACUCGUCGAAAUUCGUCACCGCCAAUUUGCCAUGCAACAAGAACAAGAAUCGUUUGGUACACAUACUACCAUACGAAUCGAGUCGCGUCUAUUUAACACCCAUACACGGCAUCGAGGGUAGUGAUUAUAUCAAUGCCAGCUUCAUUGAUGGCUAUCGCUAUCGGUCAGCUUAUAUUGCUGCUCAGGGCCCAGUGCAGGAUACGGCUGAGGAUUUCUGGCGUAUGCUGUGGGAACACAAUUCAACAAUUGUAGUUAUGCUGACUAAGCUCAAAGAGAUGGGCAGAGAAAAAUGUUACCAGUACUGGCCACACGAGCGCUCUGUACGCUAUCAGUAUUACGUGGUGGACCCGAUCGCUGAAUACAAUAUGCCACAAUAUAAACUGCGCGAGUUCAAGGUCACCGAUGCACGGGACGGCUCUUCGCGCACCGUACGCCAAUUCCAAUUUAUCGACUGGCCCGAACAAGGUGUACCCAAGUCUGGAGAAGGCUUUAUUGAUUUCAUUGGCCAAGUGCAUAAGACAAAAGAACAAUUCGGCCAAGAUGGACCGAUUACGGUGCAUUGCAGUGCAGGCGUGGGUCGCACUGGCGUCUUUAUAACACUGAGUAUUGUGCUGGAGCGUAUGCAGUAUGAAGGAGUACUGGAUGUAUUCCAAACAGUGCGCAUACUACGCGCCCAACGACCAGCCAUGGUGCAAACGGAGGACCAAUAUCACUUCUGCUACCGCGCCGCUUUGGAGUAUCUCGGCUCCUUCGACAACUACACCAAUUAAUUUGCACGCCACCUUUUAUCCAGUUUACCUAUUGAACCAAUGCGCCGCAAAGUGUAUCAUCAAAUGACAAAAACAAAAAAACAUAAAUCAAAAACCUGCAAACGAAAGUCAAUUUUAGUUUAAAUUAAAAUGCUGCUGGAUUCAUCCAAAGCCUAGUGUGAAAGGAUAAUUUUUAUUUGCCAUAGCGCCUAAAAAGCUGUUACGCAUAAUGUCUUAUGCAUUUUGAUAAGCAACUGAGCACACUUGAAAAUGAAGUAUGAGCACGCUGAAUUUCCCCCAAUUAAACCUGUACGCAAAUUAAGUUCAACUACAACAAAAAUGGAAUAUCAAACUUUCUAGCCAGCAGACAACACAGAACAAAACGUAUCUCUAUUGUAUUCAUUAGUUAAAUGAUAAGUUAAAUUGCUUAGUUUUUAAGCACAAAGUGAAUUAAAGAGAAAGAACAAAAAAUUGUUGAAAUACACAAGUAGACACAUACACAUGCAUGUAGGCUUACAUACAUAUAUUUUAGGCACCUAAGGACCUGAGGGUAUACUUAGUUUUAAGUUGUUUAUUUGUUUAAUGGUAAUUGGUAAUUAUGCUAAGUUAA